AUGGGAAUCAUUGAUCGCAAAGCGAUGGAGAACCAGGUUGCGGACCAUUUAUCCAGAUUAGAAGAUCCAGAAGUUGACCGCAACCAGUCAGAGGCGGCCACCGCAUACCAUCCACAAACAAAUGGUCAAGCUAAAGUGUCCAACCGGGAAAUCAAGAUGAUAUUAGAGAAGGUGGUAAAGUCUUCACGAAAAUAUUGGGCAACAAAGCUGGACGAUGAAUUGUGGGCAUACAUGACCGCCUAUAAGACACCUAUAGCAUCCCUUUAUGCACGAGUGUUUGGUAAGGCAUAUCAUCUACCACUUAAGCUGAAGCACAAAGCACUGUGGGUGGUGAAAAAGCUAAACUUCGACUUAAACACUGCAGGGGAAGUAAGAACGCUUCAGUUGGUUGAGAUUGAUGAAUGGAGAACGCAAGCUUAUGAGAAUGCCAAAAUUUUCAAAGAGCGAGCAAAUCGGUGGCAUGACAAACAACUAUGCGAGAAGAAUCUCAAUGUCGGACAAAUGUUCUUACUUUUCAAUUCGGAGCUACGGCUCUUUCCCGGCAAGUUAAAGUCACGCUGGUCUGGUCCCCUUAUAAUCAAAGAAGUAUUCCCACAUGGUGCAGUCGAACUGAUUAAUGAGGAAAGGACCCACACAUUCAAGGUUAACGUGAAAAGAGUCAAGAUAUAUUGCGGAGGUGAUUUUCAUCCGAAAAACUCUGUAGACCUGAGAAAUCUUGAAUGA